AUGAUUCCGUUUGUGCAAACCAACGUUCCUCAAUCACUGCUAUCCUACAGCUGUUCCAACCCCGUCUAUGGAACCACCACGAAUCCCAUCGACAAAACACGCACCCCUGGAGGCUCUUCUGGCGGUCGACCACUGAUCAAUUCUAAUGAUGGGCCAAUGGCGAACGAUAUUAAAACAAUUGUGGAUUUUCUGCGUGAGGUUUGGCGUAACGACUUCAUAUCUCAACAAGAUCCAUUCGUCCCACCUGUUCUUUGGAACGAAGAUCUUUAUAAGAAAGGUAGAAAAUAUCGCAUUGGUUACUAUAUCGACGACGAAUGGUUCACCCCGAUACCGGCCAUACAGCGGGCUAUUCUUGAGGCAAAAUCACAUUUGGAAACAGCCGGCCACGUUCUUGUCCCCUUUCAUCUACCCUCUAUGUCACGAAUAAUGCGUCAUUUUGUCAGAGCUGUUUGUGUUGAUGGUGGCGCAUUUCUUACCAGAAAGCUGCUAAGCUUAUCCUCGAUGGACUGA